AUGGGUUCCAUCUUCGCGCCGAAGCUCACUGCAGCGACUAGAGCUAAAGGUGGUAGCGUAGUUAGUGAUGAUUCAACAGCUCCUACGAGUCCAAGUUCAUCAUCUAGUCUGACGUUUACUCCUGGAUUAGCUGCGGACUACGAGCGAACCAACCCGUCGCGGACGAUAACACAUCGUGUUCGCAGAAUAUGUUGCGUUGGUGCAGGUUAUGUUGGUGGACCGACAGCUGCUGUCAUCGCCUACCACAACCCGGAAAUCGAUGUUACUGUCGUUGACAAGGAUAAGCAGCGAAUCCAGCGAUGGAACUCGAAACAUCUGCCUAUUUACGAACCAGGAUUGGUUGACAUUGUCCGCAUCGCUCGUGACGGGGCGAGAGGGGCUGUUUUCCUCAAUAAGCCAACUGAUACUAGUGUCGACUCGCUGGACCUUUCCGCCGCCAUCAGUUCUAAACAAGGUUUCGUGUUUUUAAGAGAGAAUAUGAUCGUGGAUGGUAGAGCACCUAAUUUAUUCUUCUCGGACCGGGUUGCACAGUGCAUUGGCAAGGCGGAUAUAGUUCUCAUCGCAGUCAACACGCCAACGAAAUCAAAGGGGGCUGGAGCGGGAAGCGCUACUGACAUGACAGCUUUUGAAGAUGUCGCCGUCGAGGUCGCAAAGCAUGCUAUGCCAGGAACCAUUAUUGUGGAAAAGUCGACUGUGCCUUGCGGGACGGCAGAGCUCGUCCGGAAUACCAUGGCAAUUCAUCGCCCCGGAGUUCAUUUUGAGAUACUCUCGAACCCAGAGUUCUUAGCCGCGGGUACAGCCAUGAAAGAUCUUAUGCAUCCUGAUCGCAUACUUAUCGGUUCUAUAAACACCGCAUCUGGUAGAAAAGCUGCCAAAACUCUAGCAAGUGUUUAUGAAGCAUGGGUCCCGCCAUCCCGCAUCAUCAUGACAAAUGUCUACUCUUCAGAGCUGUCAAAGCUUGUCGCAAACUCCAUGCUAGCGCAGCGUAUCAGCAGCAUUAACUCGAUCUCUGCCAUCUGCGAGAAAACUGGAGCAGAUGUUGACGAGAUCGCAGCGUCUAUCGGUAGCGACCCUCGCAUCGGAGACAAGUUUCUCAAGGCCGGGAUUGGCUUCGGUGGAAGCUGCUUCAAGAAGGAUAUUCUCAGCCUCGUAUACCUGGCCGAGUCCCUUGGUUUAGAUGAAGUCGGCGAAUACUGGAGGCAGGUGGUAAAGAUGAACGAGUACCAGCGCGAUCGCUUCUCUAGGCGCGUGAUUCGGUGCCUGAAUAAUACUCUGCUUGGAAAGAAGAUCACCCUGCUUGGAUACGCAUUUAAGGCCAAUAAUUCCGAUACGAGGGAAUCACCGGCGCUCGAAAUCAUCAAGACGCUCCUCGAAGAGCGCCCCAAGGAGAUUGCGGUGUUUGAUCCCUGCUGCAACCCUGUGGUAGUGAAGACGGAAAUCAAGGGGCUUCUCAGUGGUCAACCGGCUCUCAAGGAAGACGGAGGGCCGAUCGAGAUCCAUUGGAGCGCUUAUACCGCCUGCGAACGCAGCAACGCCAUCUUGAUCACAACCGAAUGCGACGAAUUUCGAAGCAGCCGGACCUACGCGGGCGGGUUAGGCUUACCCUUGACGUCGCCAAAAGCAGUCGAUCCCCGGCCGUUACCUAAUCCACCAACGGAGUCGGAUCUCAUGUCACUCCAAAAUUACUCUUUAAGCAUCGCGCCGGCGAACACUUACCCCGACAACGACCCUUUGAAGCGGUAUAGACCACAACCGGCCUGCGAGAGCAGCUGCCUCGACUGCCGCUUGAUCAAGGCGAGCGGCUAUUCUACGGCAGGGAAUUCUGGCGAAAACAGACCUAAGGAGAGGCUGGAUUGGAGCAGGAUCUCCUUGGGUAUGAACAAGCCGAAAUGGCUGUUUGAUGGCAAGGGCAUCAUCGACGCGGCUGAGCUCGGCGAAUUAGGGUUCCGUGUUGAGAGUAUUGGGCGUCAUUGA